CAUCAAUACCGUUCCGCUGUAUUCUGGGCUGAUAAGAUGGUUCAUUUAUCCAAUGGUAGCGUCAAUGACACCCUUCUACUUGCGGAGGUUUUAUUUAACUCAGGACAAUACCACAGGACAAUAGCUUUAUUAAGUAAUAAUGAUACAGUACGAGUUAAGUCUCUAUUCUAUUUCAUGGUUGCUGUUGCAGGAGGCAAAGCGACUCAACAAGAUCGAAGAUUUGGACCUGCCUGGCUUGCACUGGGACAUGCCUAUGCUGCCGACAGCGAGCACGAUCAAGCCAUCGCUGCUUACUGCACAGCCGCCCAAAUAGUUCGACACUCUCACGUGCCCAUGAUGUACAUUGGCGUUGAGUACAGUUCAAGUGGGAAUCACUCGCUAGCGGAGCGGUUUAUGCAGCACGCCCUCCAGCGCAGUCCCUCGGAUCCCGCUAUUCUCCACGAACUCGGCAGCCUCGCGCUGAAUCUCAAACGGUACAACAAGGCACUGAAACUGCUCAAGCAGGCCUAUGUUAACAUUUCUCAACUCAGCGGACAAGUCCUCGCCCCUUACUGGGAGCCACUGCUCAAUAACCUGGGACAUGCCUACAGGGAGCUGGGUAAUUACGAAGAAGCUCUGAAAAUGCAUUCCGCCGCACUCGGCCUGGUUGAAAACUCGCCCACCACACUGGAGUCGAUUGGCCUGAUCUACGCCCAGAUGGGUCGCUACGAGGAGGCGAUUCGCGCCUUCCAAACGGCCCUGGCACUUCACCCCUCGCUCAGUGACACGGCCCUCGCCACGGAGAUGCUCGACAUCUGCAUGCGCGAGUACGCAAGGAGUCUUGAGCCACCAGCAGCAUCUUCUGCCACGGCAGUCAAGCCGCCGCCUCUCGGAAGAGGUGGGUUGUUGUUGUUGUUGUUGUUGUUUGGGGGUCCGUCAUUGAUCUGCAGGGGAGAAUGA